AUGCGCGGGGAAUCCAAAUCGUCCACGGCCGUUGCUUCGAAAUCCUUGUCCAACACAAGUCGGGCGGGUGAUUGGCUUGGCAAAAAGACCAGAUCGGACGAAAUGAAAAUGAAAGAUAUCGAUCGUAUUGCCUCGAACGCACAACGGAAGAGACAAGUGUCAUCCAGAUUUGUGGGCAGUGAAGGAGAUGACCUAAAAGCUCUACCACUGCUAGUAGACCAAUUCCAUGAAUGUACGGUAUCCGUCGAAGCUUUGGGGCAGGAAUUGUUGGACGGAAUUCAGAUUUGA